AGAGAAGCACAUUGGUUGACCAGAACAAAUGAUGAGUACAGCUUCACCAUUUCAAUACCAAUCUCAUUCUGAAAAAUCUCUUUCAUCAUUUCAAUAAUAAUCUCAACAUUCAAAUUUCUAGGUUUUGCGUUUUCACCAUCACCAUCAUCUUCUUCCUUCUUAAACGACGAAUAUGACGAGAGUGAUACUGUUAUGAAUACGUCGUCGUUUACUGUUCAAGAUGGGAGGUUGGAGAAAUGGUUGUGAGGAAGUAGUUCAAUCGAAGCCUCUGUUCCUCACGAUCUACACUAUCGUUAUCAUUGGCAUCGUCGUUUCAUCUUUCUACGUUUUUUUAGCUAUAUAUUCGAGUAACACUCCUGCUGCUCAUUCUUCUGCAUGGCUCUCUUCUUCCAUCUCGAAUGAGAAUUCUCGCGUUAUUGAUCAUACACUCAACAUUUCUCAGUCAGAGAAGGCGCAGACUGUGUCUACUCCUUCACCGGAGAAACAGAAUGUGUGGCCGAGUUUUGUUUGGGAAGUUCCACCCUCAAAUAAAAAAAUGCCACCCUUGAAGACUUUCCGACUGACCAAAGAACUGGUUCAGCAAAGGGUGAAAGAUAACGUUGUGAUUGUGACCUUUGGUAACUAUGCAUUCAUGGAUUUUAUCCUGACUUGGGUCAAGAAAUUGACAGACCUGGAAGUUUCUAAUCUUCUUGUUGGUGCAAUGGACACCAAAUUAUUGGAGGCACUAUAUUGGAAAGGAGUGCCAGUUUUUGACAUGGGAAGCCAUAUGAGCACUGUUGAUGUUGGCUGGGGUUCUCCAACAUUUCAUAAAAUGGGGAGAGAAAAAGUUAUUCUGGUAGACUCAAUACUGCCUUUUGGUUUUGAAGUAUUGAUGUGUGAUACUGACACAGUUUGGUUGAAGAAUCCACUUCCAUAUCUUGCUCGUUAUCCAGAAGCAGAUAUUUUAACUUCAAGCGAUCAAGUUAUACCAACAGUUGUUGAUGACAGUUUGGAAAUUUGGCAAGAAGUCAGUGGUGCCUACAACAUUGGAAUUGUCCAUUGGAGACCUACAGAGUCUGCCAAGAAUUUGGCAAAGCAAUGGAAAGAAAUGCUUCAAGCUGACGACAAGAUAUGGGAUCAGAAUGUGUUUAAUGAACUUCUUCAACGUCAGCUAGGACCAUCUGUUGAUGAUGACAGUGGUCUUGUUUUUGCUUUCGAUGGAAAAAUGAAGCUGGGAAUUUUACCUGCUAGUAUCUUCUGUAGUGGACAUACAUAUUUUGUCCAGGCUAUGUACCAGCAACUAAGGUUAGAGCCAUAUGCAGUACACACGACAUUUCAAUAUGGUGGUACUGAAGGAAAGCGCCACCGACUACGAGAAGCCAAGAUCUUCCUUGAUCCACCAGAAUACUAUAAUCCUCCUGGGGGUUUCUUAUCAUUUAAGCCAUCUAUCCCAAAAAGCUUGUUGCUAAGUGGGGAGCACAAUGUUGAAUCACAUUUUACUCUUAUAAAUCACCAAAUGAAACAGAUUAGGACAGCACUUGCAAUUGCUUCCCUUCUGAACAGAACACUGGUCAUGCCUCCAUUAUGGUGCAGGCUUGAUAGGCUAUGGUAUCCCCAUCCAGGUGUUUUGGAGGGGUCUAUGACUAGACAACCUUUUCUCUGUCCUUUGGACCAUGUAUUUGAGGUGAAUGUCAUGCUGAAAAAACUCCCAGAAGAAUACUUUGGCCCUGAAAUAGAUAUUAGAGAGUAUUCAAUAUUGGAUAAUCCUUCUCUGCCCCCUGAGGUGAAAAAGUCAUGGCUUGAUGUUCAGCUUUGUAAAGAAGGAACUCAAGAUUGUGAUGGAUCAUAUAAUAGCACUGUUGAAGGAGUACUUAAAUUUCCAAAGAAUAGCAGUGAAGAAAUGUUUACAAAAGUAUUCUCAUCAUUCAAGGAUGUAAAAGUCAUUCAGUUAUCUUCAGUGCAAGACGCUUUCACCGGUUUCACUAACAAGGAAAGGGAAGAUAGAUUCAGAAAUCGUGUUAAGCAGUAUGUGGGCAUAUGGUGCUGUAUGCCGGAUACAACUAUUGGGCACAUAUAUUAUGAUAUGUACUGGGAUGAGAAACCUGGAUGGAAACCAAUUCCUCCUCAAUCUUCAGAAGAUGAUCAUCCACCCUUUUGAGAUCAACUUCUUGUUUAUGUACAAGGUGGUUUGGUUUUGAACUAAUUAUAUUGUCAAGACCAAGAUUGUAUACUCACAGAAGUGACGAAUCGGUAACAGUAUCCAUAUUGAGGAUGUAACAUAUUUAUAGAGAUUAGACAAUUGUUUCUUGUGUAGCAAUAAGAAAGUUUUGUCUGUAUUAAGUUUACCAAUAUUGCACAAACUAGAGAAAUGGAAGGCUACAAUUUCUGAGGGUGCAUUUGACCUUGGUUGAUACUGGAGACAUUCAAAUUCAAUUGUAUCAUUGUUGUUUUCCACAUUUUAUUCCAACAGAAAAAAGCUAUGUUCGGCAUUUUAUUGUCGAUUGGCAUGUGCUAUUUAGUUAUGCUGCUCAAAGUGAAGCCUUUAUAUAGUUGG